AGUAACGAGUUCGAACUUCGCACUUUCAUAACCGGGAAUAGGAUAUAGCCUUAGUAAGCUCUGAAUCCCCUCUCAUGGAGCUACGGACCUGACCGGAGAAGCUUCGACGGAAUGAAUGGCACUUGCAGCACCGUCUUCCAGCUCUGGCAGAGCCCUCCGACUAAACGCCUCAUCAUCCGAAGCUUCAAUGUUUCCUAUGGUAUGCAUGUGAUUAAGAGUUCUAGGAUUUAUCCAACUCAAUGCUUCCACAGGUCGAUUCAAACUGAAACAUAUAACGUUGUCAAUGGAAGUUAUAUACCGAAAACUGAAACAAAAGAUGAAAAUGAAGUGAAGGAAAAAGAUAAACCAUCAAAGAAUCUUGAGAGCGUGGGUGCAUUUCAGAAGCUGCCCAUGGUGAUGCCAUCUAUUGAUAUUUUCCAGUCUGCACUAAAGAAGGCCAAGAGGGUUAGCCCUACAAAGGGAAUAGCCAAUAUUGCAAAGAGGGAGAGAAAUAGGGGUGCUAAGCAGCUCGAUACACUGAUGAAAGAGUUGGCAGUUCCCUUAAGAACGUACCUAGAAGAGUUUCCAAAGAAAGAAUAUCUUCACCCUUAUGAAUGUUCUCUCAUUGAGUUGACACUUGGAGAUGGAAAGUAUGAAGAGGUCUUGAGAAAGGUUGAUAAUCUAAGGAAGAAAGUGGUAUCUGUAGGGAAGGAGCAUGCUUCUCUCUGUGCGAAGUCCACAUCAAAGCGGGAUGCAGAGGAAAGCCUUAGCGUGGGUAUGAAGAAAGUAGAAGAAGUCUAUAUUCAUCAAGCAAAAGCUGUUGAUGAUCUGUUACAGAUUGCAAAGACUUUACGGGCAAUGCCAGUUGUAGACUUGGAUAAACCAACCCUUUGUCUUGUUGGAGCCCCAAAUGUUGGGAAGUCGUCUUUGGUUCGAAUCCUCUCUACUGGGAAGCCUGAGAUCUGUAAUUACCCGUUCACUACACGAGGAAUACUGAUGGGUCAUAUAGUCCUAAACUACCAGCAUUUUCAGGUAACAGAUACUCCUGGCCUUCUGAAAAGAUCUGAUGAUGACAGAAACAAUUUGGAGAAGUUGACACUUGCUGUUCUGUCGCAUCUUCCAACGGCAGUGCUAUUUGUACAUGAUCUCUCUGGAGAAUGUGGCACUUCACCUUCCGAUCAGUUGGCCAUCUACAAAGAAAUGAAGGAAAGAUAUGGCAACCAUCUAUGGCUCAAUGUCGUCUCCAAAUGUGAUCUUCUGAAAGAGUCUCCUGUAAUCUUCAGCACUGAAAGCUAUGAUCAUGACGAUAUUGAACUAGAACGGUACAGGCGAUUCGGACCUGAUGGAGCCUUGCUGGUUUCGGUCAAGAACGACGUAGGACUCAUCGAGUUGAAAGAAAGAGUACAUGAAAUGCUGGUUUCUCAAAUGACUCGAAUCAAAACAAAAGGCAACCAUGGAAACACAACUUUGAUCGAUACUUCUAACCUCAUAGCAUCCGAAAAUCAGCAUUCUGAUGGUGAGACCAGACUUGCAAAUUUGGAAGCUUGAAGCACCGGUAAUCAUGUCACGAUGUUCAAGGCAGGAACCCACAACUAUCAUUACCUGCCCCGUCCCCUCGUGGUAUUAUUCUCUAUCGAGGAAACGACAUGGACAGCGUUCCCGUAAUUUAAAGUCGUAGACUUGUAAGCCAUACGCUGUGGGAUUUUCAUUUAGAGUUGUCAAUUAUUAUUUAUCAUUGCUUAUUCUUGAACAUAAGAGGGCUCUUUACUGAGUUCAUCUGAAAAGAAAAGAAAAUUUUGAUCAGUAA